AGUAGAAGCAUGGCGGGUUGUUAUACACAAGGAAAUUACGGUAAUGGAAUGUUACAGAUACGAAUUACAGUGUUUAUUAGUCUCAUCCAAAUAUUUAAUGGAUUAUUGGACACAACAGAGGCACAGACACAAACGUUUGUGCAGUCGGAAUUAAAUGUGAAUGAGCUUAGGCAACUGGUAGAGGAAGUGUCGCUGAGGGAUGAUUUAAAGCACUCUAGUUCAUAUAAUAAUAUAGGAUUAAACCUAAUACGUAUGUGGGGACUGGACUUAAAAGUUUCACCACAAAUGCUCGAUUUUGGGAACCAUCCAAUCGGCAUGCCACAUGUAGAGUCUGUUACCAUAUAUAAUAGCCAUCCUGACAGCACUGUGAAACUUAACACAAUCUCUGGUAGUACACCACAUUUUCACUGUUCAUUCUUUCGAGAUAAGGAAGUUGCAGUAGGUGGAAAUACAACCUUCGAUGUGGUUUUUUUAGCACGCAUGGCAGGAAAUGUAGAAAAUACAAUAUUUAUUCAUACAAACAUGGGAAUCUUUUCCUACCAAGUAUUUGGAGUAGGGAUACCAAAUCCAUACAGGCUGAGACCUUUUCUUGGAGCCAAAGUUCCUCUAAAUUAUACAUAUUCACCAUUGAUUAAUAUGCAUAAUCCAUAUGGAACAGUGUUACAGGUAACAGAAAUAUAUUCAAGUGGGGGUGAUCUUCACCUGGAGUUACCAACAGGUACCCAAGAGACAUCUAAUAACCUUUGGGAAAUUCCUCCAUACCAAACACGGUCUGUUAUGCGAGCGAGUUUUGUUGGUCGUACCGAAAGUAACCAUACAGCAUUCAUCCGCAUUAGAGCAAACCAUACGGUUGAAGAUAAUGAUUUCCUAAUGUUACCAGUUGAGGUGGAAGUCUCUGCAGCUCCUGGGAUCUAUUCAGCUUUAGAAAUGCUUGAUUUUGGUACUUUAAGAUCUUUGGAUGAGCCGCGUAUAAUACCAUUAUAUCUCCUUAAUACUAGUCCAAAAACCGUUCAAAUUGUGAGCAUCUCACUGAUGCGAGCAAAUGAAGCGGUUACAGUGGAUUUUAAACCAAUGGGAUUAAAACCCUCUGACAAGCAUGUGAGAGUAGCUUCACUAACAUUCCAACCAUUGAAAGCCAAUAAGUCACGCAGUUGGUCAGGAAAAAUUAUAGUAAAAACAAAAGAUAAAAAUCAGAAGCUAGUCCUGCCCUAUCAGGCUUUGGUUUUACCGGGUACUCUAGGAUACAAUAAAAAUAGCACAUUAUUUCACCUGGGGAAGGAGAAAGAAAGUGUAGUAAGAGAUCUGCCACUCACAAACCUAUUUAACUUCACGCUCAUGGUAAACGAGAUAAGCGUGGCCCCAGAAGCACAGGGUAUAUUUAAAAUUGAAAAUUUUGAGGACACAAUAUCGAUUCCACCGCAAGAGACAGACACAUCUGUAAGUUUACGUUUCCUUCCGGAAGCUACAAAUUAUCCAAUGUCAUCAAUAUUGCGACUCGGUACAAAUGCAUCAGUGUUCACCGCCCCUGUUAUUAGUUAUACUGGUAAACUGAAGUACCUGGUGAAUGGUUUGAAUGAAACACAAAUCAACUUUGGAUCUUUGAGUCUAGAGGAAGAGAGAGCUAUGCAGGUCACAAUAAUCAAUGAUAAUCCAGUUGAAGUUGCAAUUAAUUAUAUCAAUGGCUCUCUACCUGAUUGUGAUGUGAAAAUACAAUUGCUAGGAAUUGCUGAAGGAGAUCCAACGAAAACUAACAUAGGAGACCAGGCAUCAUCAGAAAAUAUUUACCCUGUUGUUCUACCUCCAAACCACUAUGCAGUCUUUCAAGUAUUAGUUGUAGCCGCCUCAGAGCAGGGCACAUUUGUUAGCGCCCUCAGUGUUGAGACAAAGUACCAACAACUUACAAUACCGAUGACAAUUAGGACAUUGGAAGGCUGUUUAGUAAUUAACCCUGAAAGUAUUAAGUUAAAAACAUCUUUUCCGGGACUUGUUGUUUCACAAAGUAUUUCUGUCACCAACAAUUUUGGGCAUGUAAUGCAAUUAGAAAAUAUUGAUCCUGAUCCACCAGAUGCCAGAUUUUAUCACAGACUCCCCAAGAAAGUAAAUAAAGUACUUGUACCCCCUAGAAACAAGACAAAGGUUGGUAGAAUUGUUUUCGAUAUCCGCAGGCAGUGUGGGAACUCUUGUUACAUAGGAAUGCCAAUAGAAUCAAGACGAGGGCUUGAAUGGAAGAAUUCACUAAUCUUAGAUAGCACAGCAGGAGAUCUAGAUUUGGACUACUAUGAACCUAGGUGGAGCUCAUGGCUAGGCUUGUACAAAAGUACGAAAUAUAAAAUUAAUACUACGAUGAACUUUAAUAGCAACUUAGUUCACAACUUGAGAAUUCCAGUGAAGGUGGAACUUAGCUGGCCAAGGAUUGUACACACAGAUACAGUUACUUUUCCACAUACAUACAUAGGAUCAACUUCUAGUAUUGAGGUUAAUCUUCAAAACCCUAGCAAUUAUUUACUGAUAGUGCAAGUAGUACCCAUCUCAGACUACCCCGCACCUGAAAUGAUGCGUGAUAUUCUAAGAAAAAGAUUUAAAAAUGAAAAAAUUGAAAUAGAUGACCCUUAUGUGUUUUAUCUUCAAGAUGUUAAAGAAAAGGAUUCACCGGGUAGGUGUUUGCUUAAGCAUCAAAGUGCAAUAGAGAAUGCUUUUGGUGUGCUGCCAAAUAGCUCUGUUCUCACACUCAGUCUCAAAGCUCAUGAAAACAUAACAAUUAAUUUAGGUUUCCGGCCAACAGAUCAUCGUGAGAGAAUCUCGCUCAUUCUUAUCAGGAAUAAUAUGACUAUCAUGGAUGGGUUUGUCGUAAAAGGUACAGGAGCGAGAGGAGAACUACGGUUGAAUGGAAGAGUGCCUAAUAGUAAUAGUAAUUUACUUUUUGAAUUGAAGCCAGCCCAUUUAGCAGACUGUAAUAAAACUAAUGUUAAAGGAAAAACACCAAAUUUUACCGUUGGAAAGACGUUUAAACUUACCAAUGAAGGGUUGCUCCCUUUACCAAUUAGAACGUUUCGCAUCAAUGGACACGAUUGUGAAGGUUUUGGUUUUCGUGUUAGACAAUGUCAAAAAAUGGAUUUAGCACCAGGAGACACCCCAAAAAUAGAUAUAGCGUUCACUCCGGAUUUUUGCAUGUCAAGAGUGACAAGAACACUUACCGUUGUCAUAGAAGACGGUACUGAACUUGACUACACUUUGAUAGCCACCCUUCCACCACAUUUGCUGUCAAGUUGUGCCGCAGUCAUUCCACGUCCUCAUUGGGAAAGCCUCCUUUACUUAGUUACAGCAAUUCUUAUGAACGUUUUGUUUCUCGGUGUUCUAAUGGCUUCAUACCUGGAGUCCUUACGGUUUAGUGAUUUGGUACCAACACAAUUUUCACACACAAAUGGAGAAGUUGAUCAGUCUAAACGUUUUGAUCUUAGGAAUGUCAAUGGAGCAGGAGCAGUGAAUACUAAUAAGCAAAAUAAUAACAGUCUACUAGCAACUAUAAAGAAAAAAUUGGGCUACGGUCGAAAAACACAUUCCCCUCCACCCCCUGAUAAACCUUCAAGUCCUGUUGAUGAAGUUGCCAACAAUACACGCAGGACCGACAACCGCAAUUCAAAUUCAAGAAAAAUACACCCAGAAAAAGAUAGAGUUAAAAAUAAUUUAGGCCGAGGAAGUCGGCAUCACCGCUUGGGUAGUGAUCAACGAAAUAAUGAUUCACCGUCCGAGCAUUACACACGUAGAGGGCGCUCUGCUCGCCAUCGGUACCACGAAAACAGAUACGAACAAAACAAUCCGUCACCUGGUACGCAAGACAUAGAUUUUGAAGAGCAAACUUUGAUCUUGAAUGAUCAGGACAUUGAAACUAAUGCAGUAUCACAAGAAACAUAUGUCUAUGAUUAUAGUAUUACACAAAAUGAACAACAUAACACACUUAGUAAAGCAAGUAAACGCAAAUCUAGAAUGCAUCAUAGAACUGUUGAUCUUGAUGAGGGAAUCAUACCAGUACACUCACAAGAACUUGAGGUAGAUCAUGUGUGUGACGAUUCAUCAUCAACAACAACAGAAAACUCCGCAGAUUCCGAACUUAGUGACAAACCAAAAAAUUAUGCAGACCUUGAUGAGAUUCACCUGACCGCUCCAGCAAUGGAUUGUCAAAAUCACAAGGCCAGCAAGAAAGAGAAGAGUACUAAAGCAGAGGAGACCAAAUUUGAAAGUAUUAAACGAAACAAAUCUCGACGACACACAAGAGCAUUCAAUGGAGAUGUCUGUAGGCCAAGCACUCUUGAACUACCCUACACCACACCUCUUGAAGCCAGGAAAAGACAACACAAACCAACAGCGACAGCCCUUAAGGAGUCAUGUACCUCUCCGCAUGCCAUUGCAGCCAAGAUCACUGCUCAAGCAACCAAGAAGAACAUCCGCCUUCAGUUGGCCAAGAACAAGGCCGAGAAGGCUCGUGCCGAAGAUACCGCAAGCACAUGCAGUAGCAGUGACCUUGACAAGGACUCGCCUCCACCUUUAUGGGAUCAAGCAAAACCUAUGCCACAUGAUGGAGACUCCAGCCUCAUGCAACUUGCAGUUCAGACCAUGGAAGCUGAUCUGUUAUUAGCCCCAGCCAGGGCAUGCAUUAACUCUCACCAAAAAGCAUCUCCAAACCCAAGUACCAGUCGAAGCAACAGCUACAGUAGUGUGGUGAGCAGCGGAAGCUCCGACAGCAGCAGUAACAACAUUACUCCUUCAUCUGGCAACAGGAAGAGCAAGCAGAAGUUGGGCAAGUCACAUUCAGCACCAGAUAAGUCACUCUCAGCAUUCACUCCAGUUGGUGAAAAAGGAAAUCACCCAGGUGCCAUCGGAUCAAAGACUCUGCCUGCUAGAAUUGGCUACAAGAUCGGCCACUGGGCCAUGGACAACCAAUCAUCGGGAAGUGAUAGUCCAAGUAGCCCGAGCAUGUUCAGUUUGCCAUCUGGUUCACCGAUUACACCUCUAACCAAGUCACCACCACCAGCGACAUUUGGACCAGCUGCAUUUCCGUUUGGAGAAGACUCUUCUAAUUUUGGACCACAUUGGGAUGCUAGCCUCAAGGCACCUGGAGUCCCUAAACCAAGAAAGAAAAGAGAAGGAUCUUUGGACAACUGGCCAGGAUUUGGUACGAAUACUAGCCCAACAUCUAGUGGCCUGUGGGAGCCCAAUAGUUAUUCAAACUCACAAAACACCACAACCUGGUCCACUGGAGCCCACUCGCCUAAUACUAGCCCAUCGAGUAAUAGCUUGUUCAGCCAAUCUAACACUAACAGCCCAUGGAAUAACCCGACUCCAAGCCGCAACAUGGAUAGCCGCUGGCAAACAGGCAACCCCCUCCUUUUCCCAUCAUCCAUUUGGUCUAGUACUGCCAAUGACAGCCCCUUGUUGGACCGUGGUGUUCUUGGAAUUGAACAGCCUGAUAUGCCGGAACCACAGCAGCCUGCUUCAUACAAUCCAUUCAACUCAUCUUUGUUGAGCAACCUGUGGUCGUAUCCGCGUACUGGAUCUACUUGGUCAUCAAGUAACAAGAAGGAAGAGAAAUAAUUAUCAACACACAAACUGACACAAACAUGAUAUGAAUAAUCAAUUGAAGAACUUUCAGCAAAUAGUUAUUAUUAUCAUUAUUAUUAUUAUUAUUAUUACAUAUUAUUUUAUUUCACACUUUGUAAGUUCACAAAAAGCCCUAGUAGUGUCAGCUGGAAAAGUAAUGUCGUCCUCUUGACAUGUGAUGUUUUUCGACUGCUUUGCACUUUCUUCAUCCAGCGUAUUCAUAUGUGGUUUUUUCACAAACUUCUGUAUCUAUCUUUUUAUUUGUCACUAUUACUUGAUCGUUACUUUUGUAUUAUUAAUAUCCUUUAUCUUGUUCACAACCUAUUCUUGUUUUUUUAUAAUUUCUGAACAUCUUUGCCUCUUCAUCGAACUUCCUCCUAUUUAAUGAAUAGUUUAGUUUCCUUGGUUGUUUAUUUUUUAUUUUUUUAGAACAAGAAUAGUUUGUUGAUAAAAGUCAAUGUUUUUGCAGGUUUGGGCAAGUAUAAUACUCCAUUUAUCAAACUUUAAAAAUGAAUAAAAAUAAUAAAUUAAGGGUGGUGAAAAAUGGCUUGUGAAUAUUAUUUUUUGUAAGAAAACAUUUGAAAAAUAAGAAAAUCCAAAAAUCAUAUUCAUAUGAACUCAUAAAGAUUGUUUCUCUGAUAUUAAUUUGAUAUCAAAUUGGAAUAAUCAAAUAUUUUACCCCCCUUAUGUUAAUGGAACUGACUUUUCCGUUCUGUAUGCUUAACACUACUUGCCCAUAUCUGUCAAAUUCCUAUGAGGUUUUAUAUAGAAGGCAAGAUUAAAAAAUGUUUUGUAGUGUAUGUCUAUUAUUUAUCCAAAUCAAAUAAGAAAUUCUAGUAUUUAUUCUAUUUUUAUAAUUUAGAAAGGCAUGUUUUAUUGUGGCACAUUGCGUGAUUAGUGUGUUGUGUGUUUCUAUAUUUAUUCUGCAAGUGAUAAGGCUGAUAGAUUUCCUUACUAAAUUUAUCCAUUUAGGCGUUGAAUAUUUAAGAUUAACAGUAUUAUUUAUCAGAAAAAAAUUAGCUUUUUCUUUCACUUGUUAAUGAUUAAAUGACUAAUAGCUAUAUAUCCCUCAUUAUAUAACAUAGUAUUUAAGAUCAUUAAAGUAAUAUAUCAAUACAAUACAUUAUUUAUAAUCAAUACAAAUUACAAUACAAUCAACCUCAUUGUUGUCAGCAUAAUUAUUAGUAGUAUUUAUUAUUAUUAUUAUUAUUAUUAUUAUUAUUAUUAUUAUUAUUAAUAUUAUCAUCAAUAUGAUCAUUGGUUGACUUUAUCAUUAUCAAUCUUUGUAAAGAUUAUUAUCAUUAUCUGUAUUGGUACCAUCAUCAUCAUAAACACUAUUAUCUUCAUAAACAUCACCAUCUUUAUCAAUAUCAUUACCAUCAAUUUUUCCAUAUAAAAUGAAUAUGUUUAACAAGUAAUUGACAUGUUAUUGCAAAUUAUUUAUUACUCGAUGUAUAAUAGGUGUGUGACUAUGUAUUUUUAUAGCAAAAAUUCUAAUUUUUAUAUUGUACAGUUUUGGUAAUUAGUUCUUGAGUUUCCUUUCUAAAAUUGAUAUCAUUAUCAUAAUAUACAUCAUUGGAUGUAUCUUAUUGGUAACUGUAUCAAUGAUAGAAUUAAUUUGAUCCUUGUUAAAUUAUUAUGAUUGAUAAAUUAAUCUAAUACUGGGUUAAAUUUCUCCAGUUAAGAUAUAAGAAUUUGUAUCAAACUCUAUAACUUUUUUUCAAUAUAGAGUUUUAUAUAGUUUUCCCUCAAAUAGCUUUGUUCAUGUAUAUUUAAUGAUCAAUCUUGCCUUCUCUAUAAAACCUAUUUCUUCAGUAGGUUAUUUACCUUAGACAUUUGUGUA